UGUGUAAAAGGCUGCAAAUCAGGAACAAGCUAAACUAGCAAGCCACAAACUGAGUUGUACUGGAAAUUAUUGGUGUGUGGAAGCCAGUGUGCAGAGACCAGGCAUUUAUACAUCUCUGUUCCAGAACACAAUCAGACCUGUAGAGACCUACUGCGUUCACCAUGCCUAGUGCUUCAGAAUUCUAUUUUAAUGUGGAUGCUGGCUAUCUAGAGGGGCUCGUCCGAGGAUUUAAAGGAGGGAUACUGAAAUCUGGUGACUACAUCAACUUGGCACAGUGUGAAACAUUGGAAGAUUUAAAACUGCAUCUCCAAUCUACAGAUUAUGGAAGCUUCCUUGCCAAUGAAACUGGACCCCUUACCGUAUCAACAAUCGAUGACAAACUUAAAGAGAAACUUUUGUCCGAAUUCCAUUACUUUAGGAACCACAGUUUUGAGCCACUUUCAAGUUUCCUUAACUUUAUCACGUACAGCUACAUGAUUGAUAACGUCAUUCUACUGAUUACUGGGACUUUACAUCAAAGGCCUAUUUCUGAAUUGGUUCCUAAGUGUCACCCACUGGGCAGCUUUGAGCAAAUGGAAGCUGUGAACAUUGCUCAGACUCCUGCAGAAUUGUUCAGUGCUAUUCUAGUUGAUACACCACUAGCUGCAUUUUUCCAAGACUGUAUCUCUGAGAAUGACAUGGAUGAGAUGAACAUUGAAAUAAUGCGCAACAAGCUUUACAAGUCGUAUCUAGAAGGAUUCUUCAAUUUAUGCAAAAAACUAGGAGGAACUACAGAAGAGAUUAUGUGUCCAAUUCUAGAGUUUGAAGCAGAUAGACGCGCAUUCAUUAUCACAAUAAAUUCAUUUGGCACUGAGCUGAACAAGGAAGACAGAGAAAAGUUAUACCCCACUUGCGGAAAGCUGUUUCCUGAAGGACUGCGAUUACUCGCCAAUGCUGAGGAUUACGACCAAGUAAAAAAUGCUGCAGAUUAUUACGGGGAGUAUAGAGCUUUGUUUGAAGGAGUUGGAAAUGGCACUGGGGAAAAAACACUGGAGGACAAGUUUUUUGAACAUGAAGUGAAAAUGAACGUGCUGGCAUUUAACAAUCAGUAUCACUUUGGUGUGUUCUACGCUUACAUAAAGUUAAAGGAACAAGAAUGCAGAAACAUUGUGUGGAUUUCCGAAUGCAUUUCCCAAAGACAUAGAACCAAAAUAAACAAUUACAUCCCUAUUUUGUAGAACAAAAUGUUCAGAAGAGAACAUGCUUGUAGGUUGCAAUAUAUAUUGUUGGGUUAUUAUAACUCUGAUUUUUUUUAAGGGAAGCUGACUAAGAAAAUUAUUCUAAAUGGAUACAGUUUCACAAUAGAGAUAGAUGAGGUCUGACUACAACCUAGGGAGAUUUUAUUUCAUUUUUUUCGCUGUUUCUGACCCACGGCUUUUCUUCAGAUUAAUUUUUUUUAUGGGACAUAGAACUUAAAAUUGCAAUGCACAUGAAUACAUUUUAGUUUUUUAAAAAAAAGCAAUUUUCCAACGCACACUUAUUAACAAAAAUGCUUCUAGUAAAAUGUAUUUCAGUGAUAGCCUUUUUCUGUGCAUGGAGCAUAUGUACAUAUGCUCUGUAUAUCAUAAACACUGCACCCACCCAAAGAGCUGACAGUGACAUAUAUUUGUCAGCAGUGAUGUUAACUGAGUCAUAAUCAAUACAAUAUAUACGCUAAAGAGCAGGCUGAGUGUUUGAAUGCAAGUACACAGUAGAAACCAUCACUGGAACAAUAAUAACUAUUACUAGAAGCAUUUUACUGUGUUGCAAAAUGCUUCUAUUAAAAAUGUAAUCUUUUCGCAUGCAUUUUAAUUCUGAGUUGUAUGUGUCUUUGUAUUCAGUUUGACUUUAGAAAUUCAGUCUUACAUUAUCUUUAUGAAUAAACCGAAGUAUAAUUCAAUUGGCAUUAAAGUCAACAUUAAACUUAAUUGGUUCAGGCAUGGCAUGCAUUUAAAAAAAUACUUUUUGAUUUACUUUUAUUAUUAAGCUGAAAUUGAUUUUUUUUUAGUAUCCUUUGUUGAAAAGCAUAUCUCUUUGCAGGGGUUAAAGACAGAGUAACCUGAGCAACAGUGCAAUAAAAAAAUAUUCUAACUCAUUAAAGGAACACUAAACCCAUUUUUUUUUUCCUUUCAUGGUUCAGAUAGAGCAUGCCAUUUUAAGCAACUUUCUAAUUUAUCAAUUUUUCUUCAUUCUCUUGCUAUCAUUAUUUGAAAAGCACAAAUUUAAAGCUUAGGGGCCGGCCCAUUUUAGGUUUAGCACCCUGGAUAGCGCUUGCUUAUUGGUGGAAAAAUUGAUAAUAGGAGUAAAUUAGAAAUUUGCUUAAAAUUGCAUGCUCUAUCUGAAUCAUUAGAGAAAUUUUUUUGGUUUAGUGUCCUUUUAAGACAUUUUCAUUCUGCACUUAUACGUCCCUUUUAGGAACUAGUGAUUUCUUUAAAUUGUUUUAUGCUGUCCCACUAAAAUGCUGCACAAACUGUCACACUAUACAUAUACCAAUUAGCUAAGACACCAAAAAUAUAAGUACAAGAAAAAGAUAUUCUGUGAGACAAUGUAAGAGCCUUGCAAAUAAUCACUAUUUAUUAGAUUGACUGUAUUAUCUGACUUGUAUAUAAGAAUGAAAUAGAAAGCUAUAAGUGUGAACAGUUCAUUUAACUCCAUUCAAAUUUUACAAAUAUGUUUGAGAUUGCAUGAGACUGUGUUAGUUUAAAGAUACCUGUAAUGAAAAUGGCUUUCCUUUGAGAUUCUUCUUGCAAGAUCAAAAGUAACCAGUUUAUUUCAAUGCUAGUCAUGUAAUGAGGAGAAAAUGCAGAUGAAACACAUUUUUAUUUUAUACUAUUAUAAAUUGUUCAGUACAAAUAAAGAGGAAAUAAUGUAAAAAAAAAAUAGUUUAUUUUGAUAUUGAAACUGACAAGAAGUGUUUGUGUACAAUACAGAUUGUCGCUAACUAAUAAAGACAAAUCCCAGUUUCA